AGAAACCAUGGCAGAAACCGCUCCAGCAUCCGCGACCGAGAAGAAACCAGCAGCCAAACGCAAAAGAACGGGACCAAACGUCCGCGACCUGAUCGUCAAGGCUGUGUCCGAGUCUGAGGAGAGGAGCGGUGUGUCCUUCCCCGCCCUGAAGAAAGCGCUCGCUGCCGAUGGAUACGAUGUGGAGAAGAACAACUCCCGCGUCAAGAUCUCCAUCAAGAGUCUGGUGACUAAUGACAUCCUGGUCCGGACUAGAGGAACCGGCGUCUCGGGCUCCUUCAAACUCAACAAGAAACAGACCGUGGCCAAGAAAAAGACAAAACCCGCCAAGAAAGCGGCUCUUAAAGCCAAGAAACCCGCAGCCGCAAAGAAGCCCAAAACUGCAGCAGCGAAGAAGCCCAUCGCUAAGAAAUCCCCGAAGAAGGUGAAGAAACCCGCCGCUAAUAAAUCUCCAAAGAAGGUGAAGAAACCCGCCACUAAGAAAUCACCGAAGAAGGUGAAGAAACACGCCACUAAAAAGGCAACGAAGAGUCCCAAGAAGACAAUGAAACCAGCGACUCCUAAGAAAGCAGCCAAGAGCCCGAAAAAGGCAAAGGCAGCAAAACCCAAAACGGCGAAACCUAAAGCAGCAAAAGCUAAAAAGACAGCAGCCAAAAAGAAAUAAACUGUUUUUUUCCGUUGUGUGUUUAAUAAAAAAGGCUCUUUUAAGAGUCACU